AUGAUCAUCCCGGUCCGCUGCUUUUCUUGUGGCAAGGUCGUUGGGGAUCUGUGGGAACGUUAUUUGCAGCUUCUUGACGACGGCACCCCAGACGGUGAUGCUAUGGAUCAACUUGGCUGUAGAAGGUAUUGUUGUCGUCGGAUGAUCAUGACUCAUGUCGAUUUAAUAGAGAAACUUCUCAGAUAUAAUCCCACCGAGAGAGAUCGGGCCAAAUCUCAGAUAUGA